AUGUCUAAGAGCCUCAAGAAGAAAAACCACUGGACCAAUAAAGUCCACGAAGCGGUGAUAACCCGCGGAAAGGAAGGGGAGCUGGGGUUCGAGCUGAAGGGGGGCGCGGAGAACGGCCAGUUCCCCUACUUCGGCGAGGUGAAGCAGGGGAAGGGACUGAUCCAGAGCGGAAAACUGGCCCAGGAUGAGCUGCUGCUUGAGGUCAACAACAUGCCAGUGGCCGGGCUCACCACCCGGGACGUGCUGGCCGUGAUUAAACACUGCAAAGACCCGGUCCGCCUCAAGUGUGUCAAACAAGGUGGGGUGGUUGACAAGGAUUUGCGGCACUACCUCAACCUGCGCUUCUCCAAGGGCUCAGUGGACCACGACCACCAGCAGAUCAUCAGAGACAACCUCUACCUCCGCACCAUUCCCUGUACCACCAGGCAGCCUAAGGAGGGGGAGGUGCCAGGGGUGGACUACAACUUCGUGAGUGUGGAGCGUUUUAUGGAACUGGAGCAAAGUGGAGCCCUGCUAGAGAGUGGAACCUAUGAAGAUAACUUCUACGGCACACCGAAACCUCCAGCGGAGCCGUCCCCCGCAGCACCUCCUCUGAAUGUAAGUGAGGCCCUGCUGCCUGGAGCCCGGCCCAGCGCCCAGGGCAAGAGGAAGAGGAACCAAUCAGUCAGCAACAUGGAGCAGCGUGCCAGCCUGGAGCCACCUGAGGAGGAGGAAGAGGAGAGCCCGGUUGUCAACGGCAAUGGGGUGGCCAUCACACCUGAGUCCAGUGAACAUGAGGACAAGAGCACAGAUGCCUCUGGGGAGGUUGUGGUUGAAGCGUCCAUCCAGACCCCAGCCUCUGCUGAGCAACCCACUGAAGGAGAGGAGGCCCCAAAAUCUCCCUGUGAAUCCCCCGCCAAAGUUCCAGACGUAGAUGAGGAGGAGCUGGGUCCUCUGCCUGACAACUGGGAGAUGGCCUAUACCGAGAAGGGGGAGGUCUACUUCAUUGAUCACAACACCAAAACUACAUCAUGGCUGGAUCCUCGGCUCGCGAAGAAAGCGAAGCCACCAGAAGAAUGCAGGGAAGACGAGCUGCCCUAUGGCUGGGAGAAGAUAGAUGAUCCCAUCUACGGCAGCUACUAUGUAGAUCACAUCAAUCGAAGGACUCAAUUUGAGAACCCAGUCCUGGAAGCCAAGAGACGCCUGGAGCAGCAGAGGCAGAUGCAGAGCCAGGGACUCUCUGCACUACCACUGCCCACUAUAUAUAGAGAGAAGCCAUUGUUUACGAGAGACCCAACCCAGCUGAAGGGCACCUUCCUGUCGACAGCCCUGCAGAAGAGCAACAUGGGAUUUGGCUUCACGAUUAUAGGAGGCGAUGAGCCCGAUGAGUUCCUGCAAGUGAAGAGCGUAAUACCAGAUGGACCCGCUGCUCAGGACGGAAAGAUGGACACGGGUGAUGUCAUCGUCUACAUUAAUGACAUCUGUGUGCUCGGUACCACACAUGCCGAUGUGGUCAAGCUUUUCCAGUCCGUACCCAUCGGUCAGAGUGUCACCCUCGUGCUCUGUCGAGGCUAUCCUCUGCCCUUUGACCCCGAGGACCCAAGUGGCGCAGCAAGCACCUCGCUGACACCCAUCGGCCUGGAGCACCGCCCCCUGGUGGUGAACGGUCGCAGCAGCUACGACCCCUACCUAGAGUAUCUGUCGUUGAGCUCCCAGCUGCCUCCUCAGGCUCUGGCCCAGGCCGGAGCCCCUCAUCCUGGGGACACACAUCUAGAUGGCUCAUCCCUGCCACCCACUACACCCGGUUCGGCAUCGGCACUCACGCCUCAUGAUGACAAUGUAUCCAUGGCCUCCUCGGGGACUGCAGGGGUUGCCGGGGCAACAGCACAAGGAGCAGAGCUUCUGACAGUUACUAUGGUGAAAGGGACAGAGGGAUUUGGGUUCACCAUUGCCGACAGUCCCACUGGUCAGCGAGUAAAACAGGUGCCGGGCUCACAGGGAGCAUCAGGGCUGAUAGAGGGAGACCUGAUCCUGGAGGUGAACCAGCAGCCAGUGGCUGCAGCUGGACAUGGACGAGUGGUGGAGAUGCUCAAAGAGUGUCCUGUGGGAGCUGAGGCGACACUCCUCAUACAGAGAGCAGGAACAGGCCACAUCUCACCAUGGAAGACCUCCAAACAGUUACCUGAUCAGUGGGACCCACAUGGCAGUCCUCAAGCAAACCUGUCUGGCCCAGUUUUGCCGCCUGGUACACCCUUCCCAAACCAACCGCAGCACCGCACGUCUGUGCCUGACUCCACCGAGGGUUUCGAUCUUAACAAACCUGACCCCUACGACCUUUAUGAGAAGUCGAGGGCUAUCUACGAGAGCCGACGUGAAGAGUCAAACUUUAAUCUCUGUGUUCCAGGUCCAGAGUAUGAAGAGGUGGAGGUGCAUUUGCUGAGGGAGAAGACCGGGUUCGGCUUCCGCAUCCUGGGCGGAGACGAGGCCGUGCAGGCUAUUGUUAUUGGCGCUAUAAUAGAAAACACUCCCGCUGAGCGCGAUGGGCGGCUUCGACCCGGGGAUGAGCUCAUUUCUGUGGAUAAAAAUGUGGUUGCUGGGAAACCGCACAAAUACGUAAUAGACUUGAUGCAUGCAGCUGCUCGCAACGGUCAAGUCAGCUUGACUGUGAGAAGGAGAGUGCUAAUGCCUGGUGAACCGUGUCCUGUGAAUGGCCGCAGCCCCGGGUCGGUGUCGACACAACACAGCUCUCCACGCAGCGACGCAGCCUCGGCUUCUGGCCCUACGGCAGUCGUCGUCCCUGCUGCCACCUCUCCUCCAGAGGGAUCCGCCCUGCAGACCAGUGAUGUGGUUAUUCACCGCAAGGAGAAUGAGGGCUUCGGCUUCGUCAUCAUCAGCUCCCUGAACAGACCGGAGAACGCCACCGUCAUCACUGUGCCGCACAAAAUAGGACGUAUCAUCGAGGGCAGCCCUGCUGACCGAUGUGGGAAGCUGAAGGUGGGCGACCGCAUCCUGGCUGUGAACGGACAGUCCAUCAUCAGCAUGCCGCACGCAGACAUUGUCAAGCUCAUUAAAGAUGCUGGGCUAACAGUCACACUGCACAUCAUACCAGAGGAGGAUUUGUUCAGUUCCCAUUCUGGCCCCAGCUCAGAGAAGCAGAGCCCCAUGACCCAGAAACACAGCCCCCAGACCCAGCCCAGCCCUGUAGCCCAGCCAAGCCAAGGAGGCACCCAGCCCAGCCAAUCGGCCACUCAGACAGGUCAAGCGCCUGUCCAGCCCAGCCAGACACCAGCUCAUUCAUCGCUAUCUCACAGGUCAGAGGUAAAAGCCAGACAGGACGUCAAACCUGACUUCCGCCAUCCUCCAUUCACUGAUUACAGGCAACCUCCGGUAGACUAUCGUCACCCGCCGGUUACUGAUUAUCGACAGCCCCCGACGCUGGACUACAGACACCCGCCUGGUCUGCUGGACUUCAGACAGCACCCUGCAGCUGCUCAGUUCCCUCUGGGGAUCCCUGCUGACUUCAGACCACAGGACUUUGAUUACUUCACGGUGGAGCUGGAGAAAAGCGCAAAGGGUUUUGGCUUCAGUAUCCGCGGGGGAAGAGAGUACAAGAUGGACCUGUUUGUGUUGCGCCUUGCUGAGGAUGGUCCUGCCAUACGAAAUGGAAGGAUGAGGGUAGGGGAUCAGAUCAUAGAGAUUAACGGGGACAGCACUCGCGACAUGACUCAUGCCCGUGCCAUUGAACUCAUCAAGGCGGGAGGCAGGCGGGUCAGGCUGCUGCUAAAGCGAGGCACAGGACAGGUGCCAGAAUAUGACUGUGCCGGCCCCUGGGAUUCCCUUUCUACAACCCACUCUGCCCUGCAGGAAGUGACCCUCGAACCGCACCCGAAUCCAUUGCUCUCAUCCCAUCCAGCCUCAGCCCCAGACUCCCCACAUCAGCUCCCUCUAGAGGCCACAGUGUGCAUGGCAGACAAAGCUCCACAGCCGACAGACCACAGCUCCAUUAGAGGGGCUACAGGUGGCAGGUCCACCCAGCAGAAGUGCAUCACCAGGGUGCAGGGAACCCCUCAGGGGUCUGGAGAGGUGGACUGUGGACCAGGCGACAGACAGCCUCGGGCUUUGCCUCCUAAAGCUGUGCUGGGGAGGUCUGUUGAUAGAAGAGAGAGGCAGAGGGAGACUUGCUCCCCCUGCUGUGAGAGAAAGGGCCUGCACACACAGGUGAUGACCACUGUCUGGCCCUGGGACCCAUAUGUGAGUGUGAAUUUGAAUGGAGCCUCUCUAGGCAGUGGAGAUGGACAUGUCAGCCUCCAGGAGAGGCUGGCGUCCAGAGGUCUGUUCCCUAGAGAAGACGAGAGGGCCAGUGGCCACAGCGGGCUCUGCUGCCCCUCUAAAACCAUGGAAGAUCCUCCUACGAGAAGUGCAGCAGCCUCCCCUGGGCCCUGGAACGUCCCUGGGUCUGACAAACUGCCUGGCACCCUGAGGUCCUGGACCUCCACAGUAAGCAGUGGGAAGAGUGAGACUACAAAUCUGGCAGGAGGCGGCAGAGACACUGAAACUCCUGCAGGACAUGGCACUGACCCAAGUGACAGCCUGGUUAACCUGACAUAUGUUAGAUCUCACAUGCCUACCGAUAUAUCAUAUACUGUAAAUGUAAAGAUGUGAAAAAUAUGUACAUUUGGUAAUCUCAAAAACAUACCUGUUGGUGUUUUUUGAGGCAGUGUUGUAGUUAGAUACAUUGUAAAGAAAAGAGAAAAAAACACCAGAACAGUAUUUUAGGAUCACUAUUUCCAUGGCCUCGUCUAUAACUACAUAUCAAAGACUGUGCAAGUCACCAAACCCAGACCACUGAGGGAGGCAGCGGUCGCGUGCAUGGAUAUAAACCACCACGUCAUUGUACAGGGACUCACAUGUCUUUUAGAGGUAGAAUAGAGAGAGGGGAUGUCCUCUGUGGAGCUGACCAGUCCGUACUCAUGUGAGACAAAAAUAAACUUUUUUCUUUCUUUUUUCCCCAUCAAAUUGAACUUUUAGUGACUGCAAACAGUUGGCUUAGUAAGAACUCAUUACACUGAGUUAUGUACACAACUUGAUCACAACUCAUGCAGUCAUUGUGCAGAAUUAUAAGCUGUGUUGUAUUCAUUUAAUGCUCAACGGAAGGAUUUUGUCCAGUCUAUAUUUCCCAUUUCUAUGCCUUUUACUGUGCUAAGUGUACCACAUCACUGUGGGAGAGGGGCAUCGGUGUGGGAAGGGAGGCCGAUGGUUAUGAGGUGGGGCGGAGUGCCUUACUCAAACUAAUGCAGAGCUGUUGCUGUUGUGAUUUGUUUUGGGAACUGAAUGCAAAACAGAUGUUAUUGACCAUGCACACAUAUCAGCAAACUGUUGAGUUGUGGAGCCUGUUUUCUUCGGACUUAACACCGAGCAGUAUUUACAGUUAUCUUGAUGCACUCUCAGCUGUAUAGUUUAUCAAUGUCAAUGAUUGCCCUUGUCCCCUAGUGCUUAAAAGGGGGUCAAAUGUAGCCUGUAGCAUUACAUCCUCUUCUUAGACGGUCAUCUGGGAGAGUCGAGCGCUGAACGUUUAUCCAGAUGGGGUUGUUAUCAAAGUGGAGUCUCAUUUCAGCUUAAUUUGUCUGUUCUGUAAAGGAAAUGUUACGUUUGCAUCGUUGCAGGCAGUACCAGUGCUCGCUGAAUCUGAACUUGAGACUUUGGAUGAUUUGUGAAACACAAAUGCGCUGAAACGUGUGUUUGAUCACACAGUUUUGAUACCGGCAGAGUCGCGGCGUGCUGCUGUCACACCAACAUGAAGUCACUAUCCUCCUGCAUUUCUCCAUUUUGAUAUCAUCUUUUUUCUCGCAAGAUGUUUGCUCUCAUUAGAAAUGAAUCACCAGAUCUUCUGAGUACUGGAGGACCAGAUGAGUUAAAAAAAAAAAAAAAAAAUCACAAUGCAUUGUGACAGUUUGACUCAAUGCAGCACGAUGACACAUCCAAGCUUGUGAACUGGUACAGGCCUACUGGUAAACUGCUUUUAGCAAGACAAUGCACCUGCAGACUGGGACACUGGUAAGAGCUUGUGCAUACAGCGUAACCAAGACGGAUUUUGACCCGCAGUGGUUUCUGAGUACAACGUGGUCUGGAUGUUUCUGAGCUGACUUUUGAAUACAAUCAUGGUUCAUGUGAUAAACUGGUUAGCGAGGAGCAAGAGCUGUAGAAAUGUGUUGACUGUAUGUACAAAUGUCAAAGUUCAGAAAAGGUGAAAGAACAUGUCAUCCAGCCCUCUGUCUCCGUCCAGGCCGUCCCCCUGCCUGCUGUGAGUGAUUUUUGUAUACAGAAACAAAAAAAACUGCUUUAUUGGAACUUGUGAAGGAUGGCACGUUCAUAAAUCCCCAUUGAGAUCAAGUAUAACUGUGUAGUGUUAAUUGUGUACUAUUCACCUUGUACAGCUGUAUUCCUACAAAUAUGGUUUACUGUAUCAUUGAUACUGUAGUUUCAAAGACGUGAACAACUAUUUUUAUGAAAUGCGACAGUACUGAUAUAUUACAUUUUGCUAAAAAACAAAAAACUUGUUUACUGAAAGAUAUUCUGAAAUACUGUCAAAUAAACU